AAGAGCUAAUAACGGCAAUAUCAGCUUUACCAAUACAAGUAGUCCAAGUACAUGAUCCUCAAAUUAAUCGAAUUCAGCUCUGGUUUGGCACGCAGAUCAAGUACGUACAUGAGCCACAGAUUCAGCUUCAGGGCCCGAUUGCUCCAUUCUUCUACGUACCGUGCACUGUGACGAACGGCAGGUCCAACUCCAACGUGCAGUACUCGUCUCGUAGCAAGCGGCUGUGAAUCCAUUGAAGCCUUGGCACUGCAGUUCCGAUCGGCCGUGCCGGUGCAGAGGUGAUCGAUGGAGAUGAGUGGCGCUGGAGGCGUGCCAAAGUUGGACGAUCCGGCGGAGGAGCCAUGGCCGGCGGCGACUGCCUGCAUGACGAGGAGGGAGAAGGAGAGGUGGCGCCGGGUGCUGAUCAUCGUCUGCCUGGUAUUGCUCGUGUUCUUCCUCCUCAGGUUGGAGAGCCCGUCAAUGGUUUGGCAGAGCGCUAGAGCAAAGCUGACCGCGAUGCAUGGAGGAGGGUUUAUGAACGCUUCUCAUGCCGGUGCAACCAAGGCAGACGAGCUCCUCGGCGGGCUGCUUGCGCCCGGCUUCAGCCGCCGCUCGUGCUUGAGCCGGUACCAGUCCCAUCAGUAUUACAAGCACUUCCCUUACGCGCCGUCAUCGUACCUCCUACACAAGCUGCGUUCCUACGAGGCUCGGCACAAGAAGUGCGCCCCCGGCACGCCGCUCUACGCCAAGUCCGUCGAGCAGCUCCGGUCCGGCCGCAGCGCCGAGGCCAUGGAGUGCAACUACCUCGUCUGGCUCCCCUUCGAUGGCCUCGGCAACCGCAUGCUGUCGAUGGUCAGUGGCUUCCUGUACGCGCUCCUGACCGACCGCGUCCUCCUCGUCGCCUUGCCCCAGGACUCCUCCGAUCUGUUCUGCGAGCCGUUCCCGGACACGACAUGGUUGCUCCCGCCGGACUUCCCCGUGGCCAACCUGUUCGGGCUCGGUCCGCAGCCUGACCAGUCAUACACGAGCCUCCUCGACAAGAAGAAGAUGGUGAACGACCCGGCGAACGCGACGGCGCUGUCCGUGCCACCGUACGUGUACUUGAGCUUAGGGUACCAGCUCGUGGACAAGCUCUUCUUCUGUGGCGAGGACCAGCUCGUGCUCGCCAAGGUGAACUGGCUGCUGCUGUACAGUGACCUGUACUUCGUGCCGUCGCUGUACUCGAUCGCAGAGUUCCAGAACGAGCUCCGGCGGCUGUUCCCAGCCAAGGAGAGCGUGGCUCAUCUUCUUGCCCGGUACUUGCUCCACCCUACCAAUUCCGUGUGGGGCUUGGUAACGAGGUACUACCACUCGUACCUGGAUCAGGCGAAGCAAAGGAUCGGCAUACAGAUCAGGAUGUUUAACUUCGCUUCCAUCCCGGCCGAUGACAUGUACAACCAAAUCCUUGCGUGCUCCCGGCAGGAGCACAUACUGCCGGAGACCGAUGGUGACGAGGCGGCGGCGGCGACCGGCAACCUCAGCGCGACGAACAACGGUGGUGACGAGGCGGAGGACGGCUACACGGCCAUCUUGAUCGCGUCUCUGUACGCCGACUACUACGAGAGGAUGAGGUCGGCGUACUACGAGCACGCAGCCAGGGGAGGCGCAAGGGUGGGUGUGUUCCAGCCGACCCACGAGGAGCGGCAAGCUACGGAGAAGCUGGCGCACAAUCAGAAGGCUCUCGCGGAGAUCUACCUGCUCAGCUUCUCCGAAGUCCUGCUCACGUCCGGGAUGUCCACGUUCGGGUACGUGAGCAGCAGCCUCGCGGGGCUGAGGCCCACGAUCCUGCUCCCGGCACAUGGCCAUAGGGUUCCCGAGACGCCAUGCCUGCAAGCCGUGUCCAUGGAGCCGUGCAACCUCACGCCGGCCCGCGAGGAAUGCCGGGGCAAGGCCGUGGACAAGGAGGACCUGGCCCGGCACAUCAAGGUCUGCGAGGACUUUCAAGGAGGGGUUAAGUUCUUUGAUUAGGCAUUGUUGAUUGUGUUUCGCUGCUACGAGCUUGCUGUUAGAUAUGUUUCAUUGUUUGUGCCACGUUUGUCUAACUAGCAUGGUGUCUCGCUCAAUUUUGUGCAGCUAGGACAAUACAACUAUCAUAAU